AUGUCUCUGAAAGAAAACCGCGCCCUGCGCAUCCUAGACCAUGCCUCCGAAAACCACUAUGCCAUCCCCGCAAUGUGCUGCUACAACGUGGAAGGCAUCCUGGCAACUGUCCGCGCCGCCGAAGCCAAGCGCUCAGCAGCAAUGAUUCUCCUCUUCCCCUGGGCAAUCCACUACGCCGACGGCCUCCUCGUGCACGCCGCCGCCGAGGCCGCGCGCAAAGCCACAGUCCCAAUCACAGUCCACAUGGACCACGCGCAGACACCCGAUAUAAUCCGCUACGCGGCGGAUCUGGGCGGCUUUGACAGUAUCAUGGUCGACAUGUCGCACUACGAGAAAGCGGAGAACCUGGCGCUGACCCGUGAGUUGGUGGGGUAUUGCCAUGCGCGGGGUAUUGCGACGGAGGCGGAGCCCGGGAGGAUCGAGGGUGGGGAGGAUGGAGUUGCGGAUACGGCGGAUUUGGAGGGGUUGCUUACGACUCCCGAGGAGAGUCAGGAGUUUGUGGAUACGGGGAUUGAUUGGCUGGCACCGGCUUUUGGAAAUGUUCAUGGGGAGUAUGGGCCGCGUGGCAUUCAGCUUGAGUAUGAGCGGUUGAGGUCGAUUAAUGAGGCUGUUGGGGGGAAAGUGAGGCUUGUGCUUCAUGGUGCGGAUCCUUUUACGGAGGAAAUUUUUGCGAAGUGUAUUGAUUGUGGGGUCUCAAAGGUCAAUAUCAAUAAGGUGUUGAAUAAUGAGUACGUGCGGGUGCAGGCUGAGAAGGCCGGGAAGGUGCCUUUGACUACUUUGUUGGAGGAGACGACAAAUGCGAUGCAGAAGGCUGUGGAGGGGUGCAUUGAUCGGUUGAGAUCUGGGGGAAGAUACCCUUCUACUUAA